UUUACGGAGCCAAAGUACGGCUCGUCCAGUCGAGCUCAUUCGGCUUAGCAUGCCACUCCUUAUGGUCGAACGCUUUAGCUCCGAUAUUGGAGAUCGGUGUUAGGGUUUUGCAGGGGAUGUCCGGCACAGCGAAGGAAGGCGGUACCACCCGCCAGGUGACAGACAUGCAGCUGGUCGCCGCCAUUCCGAAUUCUGUGGGCGCUGUAGUCGCCAAGGCUGGAACAGGCGACGGAUCCAUUGUUGAGUACGGGAAAGGCGCGGGGGGUGGCAGCGUGCUUAGAGAGGAGGAGGAGGAUCUGGAAGUGAAGCUUCGACGAAUCAUUGAGAACGUACCCGUCCGUGUUAGCAACACCUCCGGAAGCUCCGCUGGUUCUGGCUCCGGCGAUUUCCAUCAGAAGAUCUUAUUGCUAGUCCUUGACUCAUUGUCUGUUCGAAUGCAAGUAGGAUUAAAGGAUCAAAUUUGGUUGCUAGAAAAAGGAAUGCA